AUGAUGGAAAACUCGGUGGACGACAUGUUCGACGGCUGCAGCGAGAAAAUGGCCAAAAUAGUCAAGAGUGAAUACUUCCCCCGCGAGAUGAAGAGUAAUCCUUUGUUCAGAAAGGCUUGGAAGAAGGCAAAAUCCUGUGCAACACAAAACAAUCAGAGUGUACACAAUCUGUCCAAAGACCAGAUCCAGGCCUUGUGCGUCUACACCGCGGACGAACCCAAUGUCUACACACCACUCAACGAAGCGCUCCGAACCAGUGGACCCCAAUACACCACCCAGGCCUUCCAAUACCACGCUUUAUACUACUGGCUGGUUUCUGCUCUGGAGACUUUGAGAAUUGACAAAGUGUGCCGUGACACUUUCAGAAGAUCCACAAACAUGAAGUUCAAAAUGCUGCUGGUGAUGCUGUGUCUGGUGCAGCCUUCUCUUUUUAUGGAGUUCCAGGCUCAACCCAUUCCUCUGAGCAUGAUGGAAAACUCGGUGGACGACAUGUUCGACGGCUGCAGCGAGAAAAUGGCCAAAAUAGUCAAGAGUGAAUACUUCCCCCGCGAGAUGAAGAGUAAUCCUUUGUUCAGAAAGGCUUGGAAGAAGGCAGAAACCUGUGCAACACAAAACAAUCAGAGUGUACACAAUCUGUCCAAAGACCAGAUCCAGGCCUUGUGCGUCUACACCGUGAACGAACCCAAUGUCUACGCACCACUCAACAACGCGCUCCGAACCAGUGGACCCCAAUACACCACCCAGGCCUUCCAAUACCACGCUUUAUACUACUGGCUGGUUUCUGCUCUGGAGACUUUGAGAAUUGACAAAGUGUGCCGUGACACUUUCAGAAGAUCCAUAGACAUGAAGUUCAAAAUGCUGCUGGUGAUGCUGUGUCUGGUGCUGCCAUCUUUUAAUACGGUUUCCGGACAAAUCAGGCUGAGUUUGAUGGAGCAAUCGAUUGACGACAUGUACGGCAACUGUGAGUCCAGAAUGAAGGAAAAAGUCGAGAAAGUGUACUUCCCCAGAGAGAACAAGAAGCAGCCGUUUAAGGAUGGUUGGAAUCUGGCCAAAAGUCCUGCCAAAAGAAACACUGACCCGAAUCUGAUCACAUUUGGAAGAGAGAGCUGCUUUUACAUCGAGACCUGCUACGGCGCAAACAUCGAAAACUAUUCUCGUCUGGGCGAGAGCGAAGUGCUCAUUCCACCGUAUGAGAAGUUCAAAGUGAUAGAUAUAGCGGAGAAAUCAUACAAAGAGUUCAAAGACUGUAAAACAAUCUUUGUCCUCAAGAAUGCAGAUAAGUUGAGCAAACUGAACUGCAAGGCUGACUGA